AUGUACGAGUACACAUCACACCCUGCCGGAGAAGGAGAGACCAGAACCAACCCCCCUCCCCCCCACAGGACCUUCCUCCAAGCCCCAGUUAAACUGGCGGAUAACCCACGGACUCCAGUGGCUCGCCAAAAUAAAGAUAAAUUGACAAAACGCAUACGUGCAGCGACUGUACUACAGGCCGUGUUCUUCGUCCUUCGGUUGCGUGCAGGUUUGUACUCGAGUACAGGCUUCCGGCAUGGAGCGGGCGAGCAACGAGGAUUAGAAAUUUGGACUAGACUGAUACAAGUACCGGUACUAGAGUACGGUUCUAGCACAUGCACUCGUACUGGUACGGGCAAAUCAUCUGUGCGCAUCUGAACGCCCAUA